AUGGGUGAGCGAGCCCACCACGGAGCUCAAGUGUGCUCUGGCACCAACCCCAGGAAGUGCCAGGACCUCGGAGACUCUAUCCUUCUGAUUCUGGGCAGUGUCAUUUUGCUCAACGUGGGGAUCAACGUGGUGACUCUGCUCUGGAGGCAUCUGAAGAGCUCCCUGCGGAUCCUUUUCCAUCAUUUUUUCCCCAAAGACAAGCAUCCCAGCUGUGCAGGCGGCCAUCCCAUGUGUACCCGCUGCUCCAUGGACCCCAAGAACCUGUGCUCGAGAGUCUCCUCCCGCUUCCACCGUCGCCCCGGCUUCCUGGCCGGGCACCCUAACCAUCUCAGCUCCUGGAUUCCAGACAUGAACGACGAGAAAGCUUCUGGGUGCUGCUGGGUGCCGCCUCCAUGUGGGCACACCGGGGCUCCUGUGGAUGCUCCCUGGGGACCGUGGAAGGAGGGGGUGAUGGGAGCUGGGGAAGCCUCCCAGGUCACAGCCUUAAAGGCCCAGGCCCCCUUUAUCUCCAGGCACCAGACACCUUCCCAGUUCCCCAGGAUGAGCACGGUGGACGUGGUUCCCCUCCUCUUGCCCCAUGAGAGCAAGACCAACACCCCAGACUAUGACCCACCCCGUGCCCCCGCCCAGACCCACACCCACUCCCCAGCCCAUAACCCUGAGCACACCCAGACCCAGACCUCCUUCCCAGCCCAUGGACCUGAGCACACCACCCCCAGGGCCCAGGCCUCCUUCCCAGCCCAUGGACCUGAGCACACCACCCCCAGGGCCCAGGCCUCCUUCCCAGCCCAUGGACCUGAGCACACCACCCCCAGGGCCCAGGCCUCCUUCCCAGCCCAUGGACCUGAGCACACCACCCCCAGGGCCCAGGCCUCCUUCCCAGCCCAUGGACCUGAGCACACCACCCCCAGGGCCCAGCCCUCCUUCCCAGCCCAUGGACCUGAGCACACCACCCCCAGGGCCCAGCCCUCCUUCCCAGCCCAUGGACCUGAGCACACCACCCCCAGGGCCCAUGCCUCCUCCUUAGCCCAUGCCCCCGAGCACACCACCCCCCAGGCCCAGACCCUCCAAGCCCAUGGACCUGAGCACACCACCCCCAGGGCCCAGACCUCCUUCCCAGCCCACACCCUGGAGCACACCACCCCCAGGGCCCGUGCCUCCUCCAUAGCCCAUGCCCCUGAGCACACCACCCCCCAGGCCCACACUUACUUCCCAAUCCAGGCCCACACCUCUUCCUUAGCCCAUGCCUCUGAACACAACAACCCCCAGGCCCAGACCUCCUUCCCAGCCCACACCCCUGACCACACCACCCCUGAGGCCCACUCCUCCUCCCUAGCCCACGCCCCUGACCACACCCCCCAGGCACAGACGUCCUUCGCAACUCACACCCCUGAGCACACCACCCCCCAGGCCGACCCAGCUCACACCCUUGAGUAUAACCUGCCGCAGGCCCAGAUCCAUUCCCCAGCCCAAGCCCCGGAAUACCACUCCCUUCAGGCCCAUACCUACUCCGUAGCCCUCACCCCUGAGCACAUCACCCCCCAAGCCCAUGCCGCUGAACACACCCCGGCCCUGGUCCAUGGCCCCGAGCACACCGCAGUCCGGGCCCAUACCUACUCCCCAGGCUUUACCCUUGAGCAAACUCAGCCCACUCCUGCCCAGGCCCAGAACCCUGAGCACCCCUCAGCCCAUCCCCUGGGUCACACCCCUGAGCAUGUAAUAGCCCACAGUCCAGCCUGCACUCCAGCCCAUGCUCAUCUAACCCACACCCAUGCACCUCACCCCCUGGUGCCCUCUCCCACCUCUGCCCCAGCCCCUCCCCCAACGACCCUUGUCGCAGCCCCUCUCCCAGCCCCUGGCCCAUUCUCUGUCCCAGCGCCUGGCCCAGCUCUGGUCAUGACCCUGACGACCACUCCUGUCUCCACUCCAGUCUCUGUCACCACCCGUACCCCCAUCCUAACUCCUAUUCCCUCUACCCUGACUGCCUUUGGCCAAGAUCUCUCCACUGGCCACGUGGUCUACGAUGCCCGCAGAGUGAAGCAGAGCGUACACCAUAUGUGCCCCCCUCCGCCCUCUGGGUAUUCCAGAAAGGACAUGGGCACCCUCCGCAGGCCCCAAGAGGGGCAGGGUCUGGACAGCUCUGGUACAGCGGAGCCAACAACGAAGCAACCCAACAGGGACAGUGCCAAGCACUCCACAGGCUCCGUCCUGGGCUACCUGGAGUUGGGGAAUGUGGAAUGGAAGAUCUCGAAUGAUGCCAAAGACAAGUUCUUACAGCCCAAGAUCUUCCCUUAUCUUAGCUUCCAUCCCUGCAGUUCAGAGAGGAGACGCACAGACUCUCAGACUCCGGUCUACCCCAAAUUCCUCGUCUACUCCAAGGAGGCCACACCUUCUCAGCGUUGCUUUCAUUCUCCGACCACUACCCAGAGCUCAGUGAGCACCAUCUCUCCCCCGUGCACUCUUUCUCUGCCUCUUAUGUCCCCCAGAUCCUUUGUCCCUCAUCAAGCCUCCAACCACCAGCAGCUCUCCAAUUCAGUGCGACCCCCCACCUUUCCCCCGACCUCCAAAUCUUCUCAGUCCGUCUCCUCUUCCCAGUUCCCCAUCCCUCCGCACUUCUCCAAGACUUUCCAACCCCCAAUUCCACCCCAGCCCCCUAAACUUCAGGGGAGUCUGGGCCUCGACCAAGAUUCUGGCCUCCAAAGGACUUCAAGCCUUUCAAAGGACUUGAGAGUUCCCAGGAACCCAGGCCUUGCUGAAGAUCCAGGCCUAAACAAGCCCCCAGGCCCUACUCUAGACUCUUCUCUCUGCAAGAGUCCGAGCCCUUCUCAAGAUUCUGGACUUCACAAGAAUCUGGUCAUUACCCAAGAUUCUGGCCCCCAAAAGAGCCUAGGUCCUACUCAAAAUGCAGGUAUCUUUAGAAGCCCAUGUCUCACCCAACCUUGUAACCUCCACAAGGACAUACCAUUUCCCCAAACUUCUGACACUCAGAGGAAUUCAGGCUUUAUGCAAAACUCUGGCGUCUGUAGGAAUCUAGAACAAAACCAAGAGACUAUACACCAUAAAAGGCAAGAUCUCUCUCAGACAACAGGCCUCCAUAAUAGUGCGGGACCCUCUCAAGAUUCUGGAAUUUACAAGAGCACAGGUCAUGCUCAUGAGCUGGGAGUCUCCAGGAGCCUAGGCCUUCCCCAAGAUCCUUGCCCACAGAAGAGCCUAUACCAAGACUCUGAAGUCAACAGGUGCUCAGGCUUGAUCCAAACCUCUGGUCUCCUUAAGGGCUCAGGCCUUACCCAAGACUCUGGAGACUACAAGAGUCCAGGCCUGACACAAGCCAUUGAAGUCGAAAGGAGAUGUGGCCGGACACAAGACGUUGGAAUUUACAGGAGCCCAGAAUAUACCCAAGACCCUAACUUCCACCAGUACCCAGGAAUUAAUCAAGAUCCUGGACCCCAUAAGGGCUCAGCCUUUACGCAAGACCAUGUUCUCCCCAAGACUCAAAGCCUUAUUAGGGAAUCCAGCCUCCACAAGGAUUCACCUCUUAUCUCACAUCCCAACCACCCCAAGAACCCAGGCCUUGCUUUAAGUACCGACUCAGAACAAGUCUUGGGCCUCCCUCAUACCCCAAAGUCCUCACUGUGCCCGAAGUCAUGUGCAUCCGAGCAGGCUCCCCAGAAGGAAGACCCACAACAGCGCCUUCCAUGGCCGCCUGUCCCACCUAGUCAGAACUCCAGCUCACCCAAGCCCCCGGCGGUGAUCUACAAUGACCUGCAAACCUUCUCAGAGGUCCCUUUGCUAAUUGAGCUGCAGCCAUCCUCCCGGCGAGCAGGUGGCCAAGACUGGGCAUACCGUCCCGUGGAUCCGGUGCCUUCAGCCUCCCAGAGCUAUCGCCAGAUGUCUAUGCCUCCCAAAGUCAACUGGAAGCCCUACUGCCCUGGGUCAGGCACCCGGGUCGGGCAUGUGGUCUUUGAUGCCCGCCAGAGACAGUUUGGGGUGGGCAGGGACAAGUGUGAAGCUCUGUCUCCCAGACGCAGUCGCCAAGAGGCGUGCAGCAACCCCCCGGAGACCACCAAGGAGUGGGGAUAUCAGAGUGUGAUGAGAACCUUGGAGAAAGAGGGGGCAAAGGUGCAUCAGGAAUAA